CCGUUUUGGCUCAAGGGGUCUGGCUCGAGCCGUCUUUGGGUUCCAGCGGUCUCGGGUCGGGACCCCCGUGCGCGCAAGGCCCCUUCCCUCAGGAGGCGCUUCGCCUCCUGCACGAUGAUCCGCCUGGCGAUCGCGACGGUCGCCCUACUGCUCGGUGAGCGCGGUUGCGCGUUCCUCGACGACUUGUUCGAGUACGAGUCCACCACUGUCGUCGGCGAGCGCCGCCUGGAGACCACCACCAGCGAGGACCCCGAGAUACCAGUCCCCAGCGAAUAUAUACAUAUAUCGCCCGGUUGCGUCUGA